CAUUCCAAAGACGCGAAUUAUUCCAAUUUUCCCGCAGAAGACAAUUUGAGAGAAGAAAGACAGAAAAGAAUCAGUAAAGAAAAAAAGAGGAAAAAAAGAAAGAGAAUCCAGAGAAAAGAAUUUUUUUCGGUUCGUGAAAGAAGAAAGGAGGAAAACAGUCUGGAUGGACAGCGAUGUUUCGCAAAUGGUACACAGAACGUGGCGACAACAAUCUCCGACCACCAGACAUUCGAAGAUAGCGACUCGAGUCUCGAGACUAAAUCUUCUCAAUUCAACUCAAAAAAUCUUGGACGUUCGUCGUCUUCAUUCGAUAUCCCUCGGAAUAACGACGACGAUGAUGAUGAAACUUUCAAGACUCAUGAAAAACUCCCGUACAGUUUCAGCUUUCAUCACAAAUCGAAAAAGAAACGAAAAUCCGAACUCAAUGGCCCACUAAAUAAAACGCAAGAGCACACUCUUAAAGUUUCAAGAUCUCCUGAAUUGUACAUAUCAUCAAACGCCGAUGUUAAGUCACCGGAACUUCACCGAACUGAGACAUUUCUUAAGAGAUUUGUCAAAACAUCAAAGGAUAAUUUAACCGAAAAUUGUGAACGACUAGUGAGGAAUAUUCAAAAAAGUCCCAGUCUUUUAAAGAAGAAAUUACAUUUCACAUGGAGUAGUGACAGUCUAGGAAGUUCGAAGAGUGGUGACAAACCUGUAGCGCCGAUUAGACGGAAGAAAUCAACAAAAAGGAAGAAGAAUUCCUCCUCUUGUCUUGAACGAGGCGAGAGUUUCACUGAAGAAGAAGAAGAAGAAGAAAAAUUAUCAGUGGAAAAAGAACGACCGAUAUUUUUUCUCGAACCAGAGGAUUCAAAUUACACUCACAGGUUCGAAGCACAAACCUCAAACAUCGACGAGGAAUUAACUAGAUCACAAAGUGUUUCUAUAGAAGAUGUGGACGACAUAAUAAGAUCCGAGGACAACUUCAAUCUCCUUCAAGAGCGCUACCUUCUUAGGAAACAUUUAAAAACAUUCGAAAAUUUAAAACAAACCCAACAUUGUGACAAAAAGUCUAAAAGUGAGGAAAGCUUGACAAACUUCAUUGACAACGAUUGUUGGCGAUUGAGAAAAAAUCGUCAUAAAGCACAAGAUUCAUUUCUCGGGGAGGAAGAUCAAGGUCAUUGGAGAGUCGAUAGGCGACUGAAGAAACUGAAAUCGUCACCACCACCAGACGAGGUUCAGGUUCAAAGGUCCCAGUGGCUCGAACAGAUUCACGAUAAACAAGGGUCAGAUAAGCAAGGCCUCCUCACCACCAACAACAACGUGACUACUCCGAUCAGUAACGAUUCACUCGCACUGCUGAACGUGUCUGAUGUUUCGCUUCUUAACGUAAAAUGUCGACUUGCAAAUUUCACGAAUGCACAGGAACGCGACAAAAGUGGGGGAAACGCGAUUAUAACUUCACUCGAAGAAUCACUUUGUCGAGAUUCACUCGAUCACACUCGGUUAAAUCUGAAUUUUAGAACAACAACAACAGGUGAAAAGUCCAAUCGGGAAUUGUCGAUAAAUUCAUUGAAUAUCGAUACAAUUGAAAAUAGUGUUUACCAAAAAAGUGAUACGGAAAAUAAUUUGCAGUCAGUAAAGAAUGAGGAAUUAUCGAGCAAGGAAUUAAGAGAUUCGAAAAAUCGAAGUGGAAGUAAAGAGAAACGAGGAAUAAAGGAAGUGGGUAAGAGAAUACUGAGAAAAUCGCUGCGAGUGAAAAAACGACAGACAAUGAGGUUGGCAGUUAAGAUUAUCAGAAUGCGAGAGAAACUUAUUGUUGGUUUAAGUGCAUUUGCAAUUUUAUUCACAAUUUUUCUGGUUAUGGACCUCCAAUUAGAUCUUGGAUACAGUGGACAUCAUCUUGUGUCGAGUCAUGGUCGUGUUAAAUUUGGCGACGAUCCUAAUCGUGACACUGUGUACAAUAAUUUUCGACGAAAAUUCCUGCAGAGGGUGAAUGUGAGUAAGGAGCAGUCGGGGGGUGGUGGUGGUGGUGAUAUGUCAGCGGGGGGUAAUUGGCAGACGGUGAAAGGUGAUAGUGAUACUACGAAAACGAAAAAAGAGAGAACGGCAAAACCAAAAGUUCACGAUAGUUUCACGGAUCUCAAAGCAAUUCUUUUGAGUAUUGAGACUGAUGAGAAUAGUGUUGUGAUCAGCCAUCAGGAGGAUCUUAGUAAUAGUCCGACAAUUGGGGAGAUCAGGAGGAUACCAUUAAGGAAAAACAUGAGUAAUCUCCACCUGUUUCACUGGCACAUCAGUAAAUAUGAGAUGUAUCCAGAGGAUUCAGAAUUUGUGGACAAAUUGGUAGAGGAUUUGGCGAAAAAUCAAAUUUAUCAUGUUGAUGAGAAAAGCGGUGGAACGCAGUUGAAAUUGAUCAUUAAUUACGGGAACGAUACACAGGCACUUUUCAAACCCAUGAGGUUUCCACGUGAACAGCAAACCUUACCAAAUCACUUUUACUUCACCGACUUUGAGCGACAUACAGCCGAGAUUGCUGCCUUCCAUCUGGACCGACUUUUGGGAUUUCGCCGUGCGAUGCCAGUGACGGGGAGGAGAUUAAAUAUGACAACGGAGAUUUAUCAAAUUACGACUGGAGAUAUUUUGAAAACAUUUUUCGUGAGUCCAGCGGGCAAUCUUUGUCUGCAUGGUCGGUGUACUUACUAUUGCGAUACCUCUCAUGCAGUUUGUGGAAAUCCGGAUUUGCUUGAGGGCAGCUUCGCCGCUUUUUUACCCGACAAAGAAGUGGCGAGCAGAAAAGUCUGGCGACAUCCGUGGAGGAGAAGUUAUCAUAAACGCAAGAAAGCACAAUGGGAGAAUGAUUCGGACUAUUGUUUACUGGUCAAAGAGAUUCCACCCUACAACGAAGGUCAUAGGUUACUGGAUUUAAUGGACAUGUCUGUUCUGGAUUUCCUCAUGGGAAACAUGGACCGGCAUCACUACGAAACUUUCAAGUUGUUUGGAAACGACACGUUUCCAUUGCACGUGGAUCAUGGUCGUGGCUUUGGCAAACCAUUUCACGAUGAAAUCAGCUGUUUAACUCCUAUACUGCAAUGCUGUAUGAUCAAGAAAAGCACCCUCACGACUUUAUUGAGGUAUCACAAUGGACCCCUGACUUUGGGCGAUGCCCUUCGUGAAAGCUUGUCAUUUGAUCCCGUGUCGCCAGUUCUGUGGGAACCGCAUUACGCCGCAGUUGACAGAAGGGUCGGCAUUAUAUUACAAGCAGUGCGCGAUUGUGUAAAUCGUCAGCCGCAAUCCGAACAAGUUGUUCAAGACGAGAACAGCAUUGACAACAAUGUUUAAAAUAAGCAUUAUUAAUAUCAUAAGCUUUUUUCACCUUUUUUUCAAAACCAAACCAAAAACGAAAUUCGACAAAAGAAAAUUUUUCGAAAUUCAUUAAAUGUUUCGUGUCGAAAGAUAAUGACGAAAUUUAUCCAGAUUAUAAAGGAGAAAUCAGUUCCUUCUCUCUCUAAAAUUGAAUUAGUAAAAAUGUUUACUAAAUUUCAAUUUGUCAAUCAAAAUCAAAAAGUCAGCCGACUUUUUGCUUUUGAAUCAGUAAAUUU